AUGGAAGCCUACGACCCCAGGAGGUCUUUAUCCUCUCUGGCACGAUACAUCCGGAUUCUACUUCAUGUUUCAGGUCUAGCUUGUUUCACUGCAUCGUUUGUUUGGCUGCCUAAUAUCACAAACCCGUUGCAUAAUGGCUUCGGCGGCUCCUUCCAGUUCCUGACCAUAAUUGGCCUCGCCAUGUCUACCAUCACGUUUGGAGUCGGCAUCCUUACAGAUGUCACGCCCAGACCUGAGCUGCUCGCACUGCGGGGGCUGCUCUCUCUGUGUGCGACGACCUUGGAGCUACUCAUAGGCGUCCUUUACUGGGGUUGCCGUGCCAUCGACAAGCGUCUUGUGGUCCCUCCGGGGCACGAAGUUCCGUUCAUUCCCGACUUUGGCUUUCACGCGGUACCGGCCAUCGUCCUAGUGCUGGAUUUUAUGACUCUGUGCCCCCCGUGGUUCGUCAGUGCCUCCCAGGCCCUGGGUCUUGGCUUGUUGAUGACCAUUUCUUAUUGGGCUUGGAUUGAGUACUGCUUCUUUCACAAUGGGUGGUAUCCUUACCCCUUUCUCACCUCCUUAUCACUCUGGAAAAAGCUCUUGAUUUGCACCACUUUUACCGUUCUAAUCAUGGGUAGUGCACUGGCCUUGCAGUGGACACAUGCACAGAUGCACAAGUCUGGGUACCAUCGGAAGACCACAUCAGAUCCCGCCAAAGUUGAAUGA